UUCUUUCCCUUUAUAGGAAAAGUAUGUGCGGAGUCGGGGGGGCUGCCCUGAGUCACUGCGGGCUGCAGUGCCCGCCCACGUCCAAGGAGCCGGGGCCGCCGCUGGGGCGGGGUCAGCGCUGCCCGCCGGGGCCGCCGCGGCGAAGCUGAGUCGCCUGGCCCGCCCCGCAGCCCCUCGGCGGCAGCGAGGGGUUYGCCGCCAUGACGGGCAGUAAUAUGUCUGAUGCUCUGGCAAAUGCGGUGUGUGAGCGCUGCCAGACGCGGUUCGAUCCCACAGAGAGGAUUGUGAACAGCAAUGGGGAACUCUAUCAUGAGAACUGCUUUGUGUGUGCUCAGUGCUUUCGACAGUUCCCAGAGGGACUCUUUUAUGAGUUUGAAGGUAGGAAGUACUGUGAGCAUGAUUUCCAGAUGCUGUUUGCUCCUUGCUGCGGGGAGUGUGGUGAGUUCAUUAUUGGGCGUGUAAUCAAGGCAAUGAACAACAAUUGGCACCCAGAAUGUUUCCGCUGUGAACUCUGUAAUGUAACCCUUGCUGAUUUGGGUUUUGUGAAGAAUGCUGGAAGGCAUCUAUGCAGGCCAUGUCAUAACCGUGAAAAAGCUAAGGGACUGGGCAAGUACAUCUGUCAGAAGUGCCAUUUGAUAAUUGAUGAGCAGCCUCUGAUGUUUAGGAAUGAUUCCUACCAUCCCGAUCACUUCAACUGCACCCACUGUGGAAAGGAGCUGACUGCUGAGGCCCGGGAGCUGAAGGGAGAGCUGUACUGCCUGCCCUGCCACGACAAGAUGGGGAUCCCCAUCUGUGGAGCCUGCCGCAGGCCCAUUGAGGGUCGAGUGGUCAAUGCUCUGGGAAAGCAAUGGCAUGUUGAGCAUUUUGUUUGUGCCAAAUGUGAGAAGCCAUUCUUGGGGCACCGACACUAUGAAAAAAAAGGGCUGGCCUAUUGUGAAACUCAUUAUAAUCAGCUCUUUGGAGAUGUCUGCUACAACUGCAGCCAUGUGAUAGAGGGAGAUGUGGUUUCAGCUCUUAACAAGGCCUGGUGUGUGAAUUGCUUCUCCUGCUCCACCUGCAACAUCAAGCUCACACUGAAGAAUAAAUUUGUGGAGUUUGACAUGAAGCCUGUGUGCAAGAAGUGCUAUGAGAAAUUCCCUCUGGAGCUGAAGAAACGUCUGAAGAAAUUGUCAGAGCUGGCAUCCAAAAAGACCCAUCCUAAAGCAUUAGAUUUAAACUCUGCUUAAAUAGAUCUAUUWGUCUCCUGACUGCACUCCUUAACACAAGCUAAUGCUCACUGCAGCAGUUGAUUACAGAAGCAAUUACUAAGAAGUGAAACCAAAGAUAAGUAGUACCUUCACCUGCUUCUGGUGAUGUCUCUUGCAUCUAGAAUGUCCAUUUUCUCAAGCAAUUGUCUAUUAACACUGGAAGGAAGAGGAGUAUGAUUUCUGCUUGAGCAGUAUGCAGUCUGAUUAUUGAUUUGCUACUAAUAUUGCRUUUUGCCUUUGUGAAAUUGUACACCGUCUUUCCUUUUUCAAUUGAAGUGUAGUUCUCUUUCCAGUCCUCUUAGUCUAAGGAAUUUGGCAAAAGUGCUUGAGAGUGGGACUGGAAGGAAUGUCGGAUUUUUUCUUUUUUUAGGGUAUCAAAAUUUUUCUUCUUACUCUGAAGAAAUUUUUAGGUUUUUUAAUAUAUAGGCAAAUAUUCUGAAAGUUGUCACUCUUUGCUACAUGCAAAAAGUUCUGGUCUUUCUUCAGAUUCCUACAGAAAAUAUAUGGGUGCCCUAUAGUCUCUCUGCUUUGUAGGUUUACUGGACAAACCCAGCAACCAAUAGCUAUGGCAUCUGCACUGCCCACUUAGGCCCAGUGUUAAGGCAGCUAAGAAGUUCCCUUUGCUGCUUUGCUGCUCUGUACUGAGGAGAUUUCAGCCAUCAAGGCCAUGUGAGCCUCUUCAGAAUAGUAGGGCUCUCCUUAAGGAGAAGAUGGCUAUGGGAAACUGAACAUUUUAUUAGAACUGACACUCAUUUUCUCUGUUCUCUACUACUACAUGGCUGGUAGAACUUCUACUGGUCAACACAAAGUGUGUCCUGUCCACUGCAUAGUUAAUAUUUAUUGAGGCAGUGUGGCUGGAGCCUUGGUUCUUCUUUUGCAUAAAGAAAUUAUGCAUAAAGAAUAGCUAAUGGUACUAAUUUAUGCACAUCAGUUUUCCCAUUCUCACUUUAUGUGCAAGCCAAGCAUAUGCUUGUUGGUCAUGCUCCAGAAAGCUCAAUUACAUGAAGGAGUUUCUAAUGUUUACAGUUUGUAGCCAAGGUAGUGUCAUUCAGAUAAAAACCUCAUUUUUCUUAAAAUUUGUACCAAAAUAAGAGAUUCCCAUUCAUCUUUCUUUUUAAGACCUGAAUGUACCUAAGGAGAGGAUCUCAGACACAACUCUGUAACAUCUCAAGCAUAUAGUGCUGCUCUGUAAUUUUGCUUGUCACCAGUGAAGUCUCAUUGGUCCUACUGUCUCUGCUACCACAACCCAAGGUGCUGAGAAACUUACUGGUUUUGGAUAUUCUCAAUUCUUCUUUACAGGCAAGUCAUCAUCAGUGCUGUUCCUGAGCCCACCUGCACGAUACAUGAUCCCAGUGAGCUUUGGAGUCCUCCAGAGGUGUCCCCCAUACUUUCUUCUAAACUAAGAUGAGCAGCCUGAAAAUCCCUUUCCAUUAUCAGCUGUGAGACUCUGCCUGCCCUUUUGCAUGGCUGACAAGCACUGGAGGACUGCUGUCCUUUGCAUGAUUUAAAUCUAACCAAAAGUGGCUAGUUUAGUCAGGCAAAUGAAUGCAGCAGUUGGGCCUAAACAACAGCCUGCAGUCCCAGGUGAAUUACAUAGCAAGAAGUUAAAAUUUCCCCACUUCUUGCAUAUGUGAGCAGCAACUGGAUUGGAGCAAUAAUCUACCUUAGAACUGUGCUACCAUGCUUGCUGGAUCUACUACCCAUAGAACUGCAUCAGCGGUACUACAGCAGCGGUGGGAAAUCCCGGAUAACUGUGCAGAUCAGAAUCCUACAUGAGACCAUCCUCUAAAUUUUCACUGCCGUUGCUGAGUUUCCCUCAGCUUUUGCUUUUUGUUGCUGUGAGUUACCAUAUUUUAACUGGGUUAUAGUGUAUCUAUUCAAACAAUGAGGAGGGGAUAGGCCUAAUUUUAACAGUAAACUCUCUUCUCCUGACCAAUCUGCUCUCUAGGUUCCAGUAAAAGUAGCUGCUUGUAUCACUGCUCUAGGAGAACGUGUGGCUAUUCACUGUUCUCUCAUCAGCCUUGAAUUAGUUAAGAGCACAAAGAGCAGCAUAUCUUCUGGUGCAGUAGUGUGGCCCUCAAAGAUCCCUGUUUGCAAUCAAACCUGUUGUUUGGAAUUUUGUCACAGUAUAAAACACAUGAAGUUUUGACCUAGGUGCAUGCUGUGGUUUGAACUGRGCCAAAAAGCCAAAAGCACCGCACCCAUGACGUUUCCUCCCCCCACCACCAGAGAGGCAGAAGGGAGAGCAAAGGACCAAUUAACACUAACAUUUAUGGCUUUUAGAUAACAUAACAUAAUUGAGAGAAAGAUACGUAUAUGCUCCAGAAAAUGGUCAGACAGGCUGAAUAACUUAAGUUGCAAAAUAGAUUUAUUACUAAAAACUAAGUAAUAGUAAUAAUACUACCGCACUGGGGAGGGGAACAAAGAUAGGGAAAAAUUUACAAGGAAAAGAAAAAUAAAAAUGGACAUUUUAAGAAACCUGUUAUUCUUUCCGGGGACCUGUCUCUUUCUCAGGUCGCCCCUCUCCACCCCCCCAUGUCUUCCCGCAUACAAAGAGGGGCAGGAAUGAAAGUCUAACAUAGAUCAAAYUACUCAUUAUGGUUGUCGUCCAGCACCAUAGGAGAAGCGUUCUUACAGCUCCYAGCUGUGGAAGGUCUUUUCCCAAGAAACAGCAUAUAACUGCUGACGGCAAGRGAUUCUUUUCUUUACCUCAUGGGAGAAAGGAAAGAAUAUUCUUCAUGGCCAGACGGCGUUGUUUCGGUGGCAUAAGGCCACUAUCACAACUCUCCUGGCAGAAUACAGCUUCUUAGCAUCCACUUACUUCAGACGUGGGGCAGAGGCACCUCUUCCUCCCCRCAGAACACAAUUUCUUCUUAGCAUCAACUCGCUUCAAACGUCGUGGGGGAGCCAAGCCUCUUCCCCCUUUUUGGCUUCUGAUCAGUUCAGUCCAAUCCUCAAAGGCCAGGGKUUUUUYUYCUCAGAGCAAGGUCGCUCUCCUUUUCUAUACAGGUCUCUCAUUGAAGAAAUAGUCCUUUUGAGAACAGCUUGUUUUCUGCAUGUUCGAGCACCACAGCAACAGCAUAGCAACCUGUUUUCUCCUAACUAUGAUCUUGGGUCUCCAUUUUUUUUCUUACAUCUCCUCACCCUGCUGCUCUGUUUUUCCCCAGUGCGUGAUACUAACAAUCUAAAGACUACAUGGCGGCCGCCCCUAUCUUGUUUUGAAUUCUUCCUAAGUACAAGACCAUACRUCAUCACAGAGGUGUAACUAGCCUGUGCAAUUGGCCUAAGCCUGAUGAGCAGCGUGUCCAUCAACCUYAGAGCCACAAUGGAUUGGUUUUAAAACACAGAGGGUAGGGCUCCUUUUGCUGGAGAAGAAGGAGAAAGCUUCUAGAACUUCCUCACAGGAGCCAUYUAGAACUUCCUCACAGGAGCCAUCUAGAACUUCCUCACAGGAGCCAUUUAGAACUUCCUCAUAGGAGCCAUCUUUGUAGUUUCUUGGUCCCAUCCCCCCACCACCAAAAAUCGGACCGAGUAAAACCAGGACAGUGCAGCUCAGUAUGUUAUGCAGAUUGUUCUCAGCAUAAAGCAUUCCACUCUGUUCCUCUAUUCUCAGUCCCAGGCCAUGUCUAAUGCUGAAUUUGAGCAGCUUUGUAUUCCUAUCCUCCUUGGAAGUGGAGGAGGAACACACAGCCACACAUUUCUGGUAAAYAUGGAAGGUAUAAGUAACUAGCAGACAAUAGGUAAUAUUCUUUCAGCAACCACCCUCGUGUUCAGCAAUGGAAAAUGCAUGUAUGUGAAGGUGAAUGGAAUUACUUUUGUGCUGCCAGCAAAUAUGCAGUUUGUGCUCUCACCUUGUCUCUUGUUAGAAAUUUGGCAGACCUAGAAAGCUUCAAAGUUUAAAGGACAGUUGAUAUUUUUCUCUUUGAUAAGCCUGUUCUAGGAUUUAGAAUAUGUCCUUCAGGAUAUUUUACAAAAUUAGUUGGUGAAAAAAAUCAUUGUAAUCCCUGAUCUCUAUAUUAGUGGAGGGUGAUAUUCUCUCAAAUUACUAUUUUUCCCCAUUUUUCUUAUACUUCUGCUGCCUAUARCCUGCAAUGUACAGAGUUACAGUAGUUUAUAUUACUAACAUACCUUUUGUGUGAGAGUGGAAUUGAAGGAGUAGGAGAAAUAACUAUAAAUGGUUCCUCUGCUUCUGACUGUCUACCUUUUAAAAACCAAGUAGAAUGUAGUGGAAAUUUACAAGUUCCUCUUAGUGCCUUGGUAGGCUGGCAGGUUGGGUUUUGUUUUCUUUUUAAUAAAUAUUGUCAACGUGUCAGUCAGAAAUAAGCUGGAUGCUUUUUUCCAUUGCUCUAAGUAGACCUGCUGGCCAAAUUCUUCCAAAGUAUCACACUACUAAAGAGUAGAGAUUUAUAUCAAGAUUGAACUUGGCUCAAAAAUCUUCACUUACAAAGAGGUUUUGUCUAAUUCUAUACAUUUAUAGUUUACACUGAUAUGUAUACAUAAUUAAAAUCACUAACACUCACUGAAUACACUUGAAAAUGGUUUUGCUUUUAGAAAGCACAGUAUGUGAAGCUUGCUUGUAUUCAAAGGGUAUAGUAGUCACUUGCAGUCUUUCUUUAUGGGACUAACCUUAUCUCUAGGAUUUACAUCACUGGUAUUUUUGCAGCAGUCUGUGUAAUGYUAGCAAACAAUGGUCAACCUUAUGAACAGAGAAUUCUUGAUGUGGCAUGGUUGGUAUUAGAUGGUAUGAYUGACACUCUUUCAGAAGUGAUUGGAUGGGGAAGGAAUAGAUUGCAGGCAAGCRUGUAAUAAAUGUGGUUAUACUAGUCUGUAAAGCACUGUUAAGUGCUGAGGGUAUUAGACUGAGAAAAGAAUUUACAGCUCCCUGCCUUGGUUCAGGCCUUGACAGGUUCUGURCUGCGUAGAGCUCUCAUCACACAUUGCUUGAUCUGUCUGACCAAAACAUGUGAUUGUGGAUUGAAAUGCUGUAAUACUGUACUUUUGUAUGUUCUUGUAUUAAAGUUAACUGCAAUACACUUUAAAUCUUUACAUAAAAAAAGUAAAAAAAUAUUUAUAGUGUAAAUGUUAAUACCACAUUUUCAGUGCUUAGCCAGAGAGCAUUACCCACUCUGAGGAACUCUGGGAUUGCCCAAACCUGAGGCACUGGUGUGGUGAAUUCACAUUUGGGACCUGUGCUGCUUCUAUGGUGAUGUGUUGGUUGGUGAGGAUAUGCAGAAAGGGGUAUCAUACUUUUAGAGGCUGYGCUGUACAAAUUUUGUUAGGUAUGUAAUGAGCAGAUAGGAUGCUAUGAUCAUUAACAGGGUAUAGUGGAUAUCUAGUAGAUUAGGUUACAUGGAUCUAGAGCAAAUGUUCACUUUUCUUUGGUAUAAAAGAGACAUGGUUGAUUUUCUGCAGUCUUUAUUUAAAAACCAGAAACAGUACAGUUUGGCUGCAAAAUUUAUUUUUGUACAGGUGAAGUGUUGAACAUUUCUCACAGCCAGUUAGAUCAGACAUUGGGUGACAAAACCAUUCUGGGUAAUUAGACUCCCACGUUUCCAUUGCCAGCAAUGGACAUUACAGCAGGAGCAUCUAACUGCUUGCAAGAGAAUCACCUAUUCUCACUGGUGUGGCACUCAUUUAGAUGCACAGAGUGGGGCUCCUCCCUGCCACCCAUGUACAAAACUCCCAUCAACAUUUGAAUUUUGCACACACGUGUCAGAGGGAACAAGAGAAUCAUUGUGCACCCCUUGGCAAAGUUGAGAGAUCAGGCAGAGCUGCAUUUCCAGCAUUGCCAGAUCGUGUCUCGAGGAACUUAGUGUAGAUGCUUUAAGACAUGUCCAUGUUUCACUGGGAGWGAGGGAGUAGUACAUGUUCUGCGGGGGAAGCAGCUAAGCUUACUCCCACCACAGUGCAAAUCUGCUUUACACAUCCUGUGGCCCCAAAGCUGUGUUUCUACAAAGCUCUGAGAGGGCAACAAGUGCUAAAUGAAAUUUUACCACUCAAACUGUCUGCUAAACAGAAAACAGAAAAGAUCAGGGUAAAUURAA